UUAUAACGUCUGUGGUGUGCAGAAACAGAAACUUCGUUUUGAGUUUUCCUAUCAUUAACCGCUGUGUUUGAUAUUUGGUUUUUACAAUAAUUUCUAUCAAUUUCGUAACCAAUGUAAUGCCCUACAUAGUUUAAUUUAUAUGUAACGAGUUGCUUUAAAACGCUUUAAUUGUAUUUCAGUGGUUAUUAUCGCUAUCGACCUGUCAAGGAGACAUUUUUCUUCAAACUGUUUCCACAAUUUUGCAAAAUAGGAGACGAAAAUCCUUUUAAGUUUUCCAAUUUUAUAUCGAAUCUACCACCAAUUGGUGGUGGGGCGAUGCCGCGCUGCAGCAAGCGGUCGCGCAGCGCCGCGCCCGGCGACCUGCUGCCCGCCGCCACCGCGCUCGACGACCACCACCGCCACAAGCGCUCGCGCAACACCAGUUCAAGAAGACAUUCCAAAGUGGAAGACUCCAGCUUUAGUGUAAAGAAAUGUUUAGCAUGGUUCAAAGAGUACACAACGGUGACGGAGCCCGAUGUGUUAGGGCCCGAAGGCAUGGAGAAGUUCUGCGAGGACCUCGGCGUGGAGCCGGAGAACGUCGUCAUGCUGGUCAUCGCGUACAAGAUGGCAGCCAAACAAAUGGGCUACUUCACACAAGAGGAGUGGUUAAAGGGUCUGACGGAGCUGCAGUGCGACUCCGUGCACAAGCUGCAGACCAAAUUGGAUCACCUGCGGAACACUCUCAACGACCCCUGCAUAUUUAAGGCUAUAUAUAGAUACUCGUACGACUUUGCCCGAUUGUUCCAGCCGGCAGUAGCCCUCCCCCCGCCCGCCCGCCGCGCCCUCGCCUCCGACGCGCAACCAUUUCAUCUGAACAUAAAGCUACGGAGCAGCGCGCGCCGCACGCACGCGCUGUCUCAGCCAACUAACGCGCUAAAACUCUCCGAAGUGCGGCUGCAGCGCGCUCCUCCUUUAUUAAAUUUGUACCCAUAUUUAUCUGACAUUCUAUCAUGAACUUGCGUGGCAUUUGUGAUUAAGUGUUCGUAACAUUGUCAACAUUUGUAUAUUUGUUGGUAUACAAUAUGGCCGGUAGUGCGCGGUACAAAUCUAAUGCAAAUUUUAUCGAUGACGUUACGUAUUCGUUCUCACAAAUAUUCAAGAUGAGCCCGCAGUUUCGACUACACUUAUUAUGGGACUAGAGAAAGAUUGAUUAUUACACCAGCGAAAAAAUAAUAGUGUUGCAAGUAAAAAGUGUGCGGAGUGUCGACAUAGCGUCCUGUCUGCCGCUAGCUAAUGGCUUAUUUGGAGUUAUUGUAAAAAAUGUUAGCAAAUAACUUCAAGUCGUUUACUAACAUUUUACUUUGUAAGAAGCAACGGGCGGGGGCGGGGGCGGGGGCGGCACGCGUGUCCCCGCUCCGCCCCCGCCCCGCCCUCCACUGCGGUGGGCGCGACAUAACUAUACAAACUUUAGGUUUAGGCCAAUGUAUCAAAAAACCUGAAUAAAUAUUACGAAAAUUGUAA